AUGAUUUCUGUAGGCAUUUUCUUCCUUUUGAAGCGGUUCAACGCCAACUUCAGGUUUAUUAUCCUCCGCGCUGGUAUAGCUUCUUUCAAAGAAGAAAGCCAUGGAGAAGUGAGUCCCUCCCCAACACCAUCCAGUGAGUGGGAAGAGACCCCACUCAUCUUUACUUUCAGGCAAAACAUGAACAUGGGAGCCAGAGGCACACCCAAACGGACCUGGGGUAGUUUAUUUCUAGAACAGUGAAUGACAAAAACGUGUGUUCAGGCCCACUCGGUAAACCCUUUGCACCUGGAGGCUGAGAGGAAAUAUUCCCAAAGCCGGCUCCCAGGCGCGCCCGGAAAUCCAGUCCGAACAGGCGCAGUUGCCAUGGCACCUAAGAUGCUCCCCAAGCAUCCUCAUCCGCCCCCGCCCCGGGACAACGGGCCGGGACAGACGGACGCCUCCUUCCACCUCAGUCUGGCAGGAGCGCCCCUUCCUGGAUUUGCUAGUACUCCUACCCAUCUCCCCUCCAAGAGGUUAAUCAAGGUUUGGUCCUUCCCCACUCCCGCCCAUGCGCGUUUCCAUACUGUUUGUUCACAGGCCCCUCCUAGGCCGGGGGUGAACGCUCACUUACGCUGA